CUCAAGUAAACCUUCUCUCUCAGACCCAAAAAGAAGAAGUAAGAUCUUCACCCUAUUUUUCGUCACUAUAUAUACCCCGUCCGCUUCUUAGGACCUCUCAACAAUCAUUUUCGAGCAAAAGCAUAUAAAGAUAAUGGCUUUCAAUUUCGAGGACCAAACCACACUGUUCAACUUCGUGGUCAAACAAGGUAACGGCGUUAAGGGUCUGAUAGACUCAGGCAUGUCUUGUGUUCCACAGCCCUUCGUCCAGCCGCUCUCUGAGCGAAUCGCGAACCCAAACGCCCCUACAUGUGAAGCUUCCCAGCCGAUCGAUCUUUCCCAGCUUAAUGGUCCACACCACAAGGAGGUGGCCAAACAGAUCGUUGAAGCUGCCGAGACGCUUGGCUUCUUCCAGGUGGUGAACCAUGGUGUUUCGGUUGAGCUGCUUGAAUUGCUAAAAACGGCGGCUCAUGAGUUUUUCGCACAACGUCCAGAGAAAAAAGCGAUUUACCUAAAAGAAGUGAGUCCAAGCAGGCUAGUUAAGUACGGAACAAGCUUCGUGCCAGAGAAGGAGAAGGCCAUUGAGUGGAAGGAUUAUGUGAGCAUGCUUUACACCACUGACCAUGAAGCUCUUCAACACUGGCCUCAACCAUGCAGAGACGUGGCACUUGAGUUCCUAAAAUCGUCGAUGGAAAUGGUGAAAAUGAUAGUUGAAGUUCUGAUGGAGAAUGUAGGAGUGAGACUAGAAGAAGAGAGAAUGAAUGGUUUGAUGGGAACCAAGCUGGUCAACAUGAACUACUAUCCAACCUGUCCCAGCCCCGAGCUGACCAUCGGUGUUGGUCGUCACUCCGACAUGGGAAUGUUGACCGUUUUAUUACAAGACGGCAUUGGUGGUCUCUACGUUAAACUAGACAACGGUGAAUGGGCUGAGAUCCCUCCCCUCGACGGAGCUUUGGUCAUUAACGUCGGCGACACUUUGCAAAUUCUGAGCAAUGGGAGGUACAAAAGCGCUGAACACAGGGUUCGAACCACAAACAUCGGAUCGAGAGUCUCUGUACCCAUUUUCACCGCACCUAAUCCCUCAGAGAAGAUCGGUCCGUUGCCUGAAGUUGUGGAGCGUGACGGAGUGGCUCGUUACAAGGAGUUGUUGUUUCAAGACUACAUGAAUAACUUCUUCGGUCAGCCUCACGAGGGCAAGAAAUCUCUCGAUUUCGCACGUGCCGAUUGAUACUAUCAUCAGUUACGUACCACGUGCAAAAUCAACCACAAAUACUCGACGGCCGACGCUAUUUCCUUUUUCUUAGCCUUGUUCGAUCCCAAUGUUUUUAUUUUGCUACAACUAAUAAUAAAUACACUGCGGGGAAAUUAAUUUCUGCCUUCUUCGUGCACAUGGCUCUCAAUAAACCUGACGAGUCCUUACGAAAAUUUAAUGCAUAACAGGUUGAAUGCUUGGUUUUUUUUUCACUAAAAUUUCAAAGUGCAAUGAUUAUAUUUUUGCCAAUUUCUGUAAGGACUUCCAUUUUAAUUUUCGAGACUUUUCUUCUCA